AUGGCUACUCUGCCCCUACCGCCUCAUCGCUCCCUUCUCCAUGGGGUCGAGCAGCUGCCGCCAUACACUCCCCGCAGAACUCCUCUGAACGACCCCGAGACAGCAUCUAUACGUUCAGAUGCGCCGUCGUACGUCUCCGCUGCUCCGUCAUACCAUUCCUAUCUUCCAGCGUCCCAUCGGCGAACGAGUGACGUGCUCACCAGUUCCCCUUCACCGGCUGAAAAUCAGCAGCAUCAAGCCAGUCUAGAGUCACAGCAGAGCCAGGAACGGCAGACAACUCGAGCACAAGCUUCACACAAUCAUAGCUCAAGCCGACAUGGCCUCCCUCCUACACCUAUGUACGCCCGUGGCUUCGAGAAUCGCAUAGGCCCAACAUCCCCUUUCAGCAAUUCAUCUAACUUCACCGCUCGCUCUAUACGCAAUACCGCGUCCAGCCUUCGGUCAAUAUACAACUCGUCGGAAUGGGUACCGGUAACAAGCGGCCUGCAGUCGCGCCACUAUCGAAAUGUUGCAAACAGGCGUGUAACAAGUUCAUCCAGCGAAAUUAAUGCCAUAUCGAGGUUCAUAUUCCCAGGCCUUUUCCAGACCACCACGGAUAUCACGACGUCUAGCAUUUCUGAGAUGGAAAACCGACCUUCAUCAAGAAAUGUGGCUAUGCCAUCUCCCCUCGGACAGGCACAUAACUCUUCCACCAUCACGCUCGUCCGUUCUCCAACCGAAGAACCAUCAGCUGUAUCGACUGCAAAUGAGACAACUUCACCCACGCAUUCUGGCAUACACCUCCCACUAUCUCCACAUGAAGACCCGGAUCUGGUUGGUGAAGAAGCUGCCGCUCGCUUCCGGUCUCAGCGGCUUUACAUGGCCUCUCAACAGGAGGAGCUGAAUCGAGUCCGAUAUCCAACACCACCUCGAAACCCGGCACAGCAGCAAGACACGCCCAGCCAGCCAGGGUUGGUGUAUCAGUACAGUUCAUUGGUGUCCCCUGCAUCUACUUCAAUCGAAUUCACACCUUCGCCAGAACAGCAACGGCGAGCUCGUAUGACGGGUUCUCCGGUCUCAUCUGAUAAUGUAAUACUUCGGUCCAGGCCAAGCAGAGACCGCGUUGAACCCGCCAGGUCUCAAAGUCCAGAAACACAGCAGCUGAAUAUUCAUGCUCUCACACAAAUACCAACACGAACGCCUGCUACUGCAGCUGCACCCAAUACAACAACUCCACCCAGUACAGAAGCAGAACCCGGCCCAGGCACGACUGCGAGAUACAACCGCAGAUCUCUAGUCGAUCGUGACAGCGUCUUGCGCGCCCAGGAGGCGCAGAACUGGGACUUCAUGUUAGCCCAAAUGGCAGACGGAGAAGGACGCGAGCGUAGCUGGAAGAGGUAUAAGGGACAAGUGGAGAAGCAGAUUCAUGUUGCGAGACAUAUGAAGCUAGGGCCUCUUCUCAUGGUUGGAUGGAGGAGGCGGUUGGAGGAAAGAAGGAAAGCAAAGGCAAGGGCAUUUCAUUAA